CAGCGACUUCACGGGCGAAAAAAAAACAAUUAUCCCACGACGGAAAACUCACUCAUGUGGAUUUAUUUGUCUUCCCCGCCGUUGUUGGGGUGACUUGGGGCCGUGGGGAGGACGGCCGGAGGGAGUUGAAGCGGCCCCGGAGGAGUUGGUGUCGGGACUUGAGAGGAGCGUUCACGGCGAGCAGCGCAUCAAACGGCUCUCACGCAAAUCCAGCGCCCCCUCCCCUUCCUCGCGCUCCCUGAUUCCUGCUCCCCAUUGGCUGCUGUUCCCAGAGGGCGGAGAUAACUAUGGGGUAAGAGAGCUGCAGGGAGACACCAAGACGACACAAGCUGAGGAGGCCUGCUCACCUGCACAGGUGGUGUCGAGUGCCGGACUCGGUCAUGGCGCUGCUGCGGAGGAGGCUGAAGCUUGUGGUGACCGUGAUGAUGGUGAACCUCUUCAUCUUCAUCCUCAUCUCCCGAAGUAGCAGCCAGGACAAAAACGGAGGCCACAAGGUCCAAAUCCCUUCCAAGCCCUUCUGGACCAAACUGGGUCCCAGCCCGGCGUACUGGAACCGCGAGCAGCAGAUUCUGGACAUCCAGAACAAUCCCAUCCUGAUGGCCAACCUCAGCGGUGCAGAGCUGUCCGGCUGGCUCAACAGCAGCAGUCUGCCCUCCGACCCCUGUCGGCCCAACUUCAGGGUUACCACUCAGGUGAAAGACUACAACUCCCUCCCGGGCCGCUUCAAGGACUUCCUGCUUUACAUGCGCUGCCGCUCCUACCCAAUCAUGGUGGACCAGCCCGAUAUCUGCAAGGAGCCGCCGUUCCUGCUGCUGGCCAUCAAAUCGCUGGCACCGCACUUUGACCGGCGCCAGGCCAUCCGUCAGUCCUGGGGACGGGCAGGCGUCACAGCCAAUCAGACGGUGGUUACUAUUUUCCUCCUUGGCAACGCCACAGCUGGGGACCACCACCCGGACCUGUCCGGGAUGCUGCACUAUGAGAGCGUCCGCCACAAAGACAUCAUCCAGUGGGAUUUCCGGGACUCUUUCUUCAACUUGACUGUCAAAGAGGUUCUGUUCCUGGACUGGAUCCAGACUCGCUGCUCUGGCGCUCGUUUCAUCUUCAAAGGGGACGACGACGUCUUCGUCAACACCUACCGCAUCCUGGACUUCCUGAAGGGCCUGUCGGAGCCCAAAGCCAGGGACCUGUUUGUGGGUGACGUGAUCACCAACGCAGGGCCGCAUCGAGACAAGAAGGUCAAAUAUUUCAUCCCUGAGAGCCUGUACGUGGGGACGUACCCGCCGUACGCAGGAGGAGGCGGAUACCUUUACUCCGGUGACAUCGCUGCUCGUCUGCACAACGCGUCGCAGCGAGUCGCGCUCUACCCGAUCGACGACGUCUACACCGGGAUGUGUUUUCGGAAGUUGGGGCUGGCCCCUGAGAAGCACAAAGGCUUCAGGACCUUUAACAUAGAGGAGAAGUACAGGUCCAACCCCUGCGCUUACAAGAGCUUAAUGCUGGUCCACCCGAGGACGCCGCAGGAGAUGAUCCAGAUCUGGGCCUGGCUCAGCAGCCCGGGUCUGAUCUGCCAGUGAUGGCAGCCAGCAGGGAACUGAAUAGAACAGCCCUAAAGGAGAAGACAUGACGGGCUUGUUCCCAAAAGGCCAAAGUGACAAAUACUUUAUCCUGAACAGGGUCAUGACUUAAACGUUGGCAGCUUUAAGUUAAGAUAUUAUUAAAAUGGCCACUUGGAGCCUCAGUUCAGCACAACGGACGCCUAGAGAUGAGGAAGGACGCAACGCUGACGUCAGGUUCCAGACGUGCUAACCCUGCUUUACUGUCGGACGAGCUUCACCCAAAGUGAAUGUGUCUUUGAGUGCUUAUAUUUAUAUCACGACUAUUUAUACGGCCUUUAUGAUGCUUUAACACUGUGUGUCGGCUCCACCACGGAGCGUCUCAAUGCUGUAUUAAAUAAAUAAGGAGACCAAGACCUGGGAAGUGUCCACCUGGGACCCGCUGAUCAGAGGUAGACGACGCUGUAGCCGUGUUUCCAUAGCGGGUUUUUAUGAGCCUUUGGAAGCAGAGCAGUUGAUUGAUAUGGCAAACUUUCAGGUAAACGGGCAACGGGUUCGUGUCCAGCUCCUUCUUCUACUGUUACAGCUCAGUAGCCUCUACUGCCCCCUGGUGACGACACUACACAGCCUCAUUUAUCCAAAGCAGUCGACAGAAAGAAGCUCAUCCACAUUUUUAAAUAUUCUUGGCGACAUUUCAGGACUUUGCUACGGAAACACGGCUGGUGUCGGUGGAGUGAUGCGACACAGCUUUGUGUUCAACACUUCUUCAUGUCAAGGCUCAGUUCUCGGUACCACCAGUGUUCGACGCUUCAGCUGUAAAGUGGUUCCCUGUGAACACUUCCUUGUAGCUGGAGGCUUAGUUUGUGCUGCUAUUCCCAUCCACACUCCCUAAAGUAUUUACGCUCAGACUGAACCAGUUUCUCCUCAGACAGACUUGUGUUUCGUUCACAGAUCAUUUAUUCGUGCUUGAAGCCUCGAGCUCAUACAGAAAACCCAUUUUCAUUUUUAUUGAUGACGCCUAGUUUGUCUGCUUCCCGUAGAUGAUGCCGUUUGUCCUGUUUGUAACGUGCCACAGCUUUGAAACGGGAACGAGCGAACGCACACUUGGCUUUCAGGAACCAGAAAGAGUCCGGUUCUGUGGAGCUCAGCGGGUCUGGGCUCGGGUUUGACGUGGAUGGAAAAAUCCAAAAUGCUGUCUAAUUCUGCUUCAGGUUCACAGGAGAUAAAAACUCAUGCUUGUAUAAACCCUAAGUGCAUUUUCAGAAACAGGCUGAACUCUUGGCUUUAGCUUGACUCAGAGUGUGUGUGUGUGUGUGUGUGUGUGUGUCUGUGUUUGUGUGUGUGUGUGUGUCUGUGUGUGUGUGUGUGUGUGUUGCUGUCAAUGCUGCUUGUCGUGACGUCAGAGACGCUUUGAAACGCAGGUCAGACGUCGUACUUGAGCUACCAAAGCUUCCGUUAUUCUGGUGUUUAGGAGAUCGUGGCUGUUUUUAACCUGUUUUACUGUCGGUCCAGAGCUGUUGGUUUUAAACGACGGAUCUUUUAUUUAAGUUACUGCUCAGCUCACUGCUGUUUGUUUGUUUUACUCACUUUAUGAGAGACCUGCUGCACAUAUUUACCCUGCAGCUGCAUCACAACAUGCUCCUUUUCACACUGAGGGUUUCAUGAUGACAGAGAUGUGGUAGAAUCGGGUCCACGGGUCGCUCUGCUCUGAUCCGGUUCGCUCUAAUCGUGGACUUCCUUCAGUAUUCUCGCUCAGAAUGUGACUGGACUCGAGUGAAUCAGUGGUUUGCUUCAGACUGACCCUGGACCUGGUUCUUAAGAGCAGGUCGGUGGUUUCUGUCUCUGUUAGAGCUCCACCUGCUGGUCAGGAUGGCGCACUGCACACAGCGGCAACCAAGUGACCCAGAACUAAUUUAUUCAACCAUCGUUAUCUCCUCAUUCCCAUCUCCUGUCGCUCUGAGGUGACGCCUGUAAAUAUGUGUUGUGGUGACUUUUAGCCUACAUCGGUGACAGAUGGUUGCCACGGUAAUAACACGACAAACAUCAAAGACAAUCGGAGUGAAGCUCGUAAUUAUUCACACUAUCUUAACUCCUCUCCUGUGGCCGGACGUCUCCGUGUAGGAUAAAACAAACACUAAGGAAACAGAAGAAUUCAUGUCCAUCUGAGUUAUGUUGUUGUCACCGUGGUAACGGGUCACUGGCUGUUUGUGGCUACUUGAAAUGUUUACAUGUCUGUUGUUCAUCGUAGAAGCGUUACUGCCUGCUUGCUUCACUGUUUGCUUCUGAAGGACCUUUUUAUUAUUUUGUAAGCGAUGCAGAGCUGUGUGUGUGUGUGAACAGCCAUCUGCUCAGCGCCGUUUAUGGAGCUUCUGCAGAUGUUCUGGGCAGAACGGCGACCCGGCAUGUCCGGUUACCACCCGCCAUCGAGCUGCAGCGAUUAAUCGAUUAGUCAGACGUAUCAGUGAGCGACUGUUAAAGGUGAAAACCUGUAGAUUCUCUGAUUCCAGCGUUUUAAAUCUGAACUCUUUCUUCACUCCUCUGUGACGACAAACAGCUUUUUUAGGCACUUUAACGACUAAUCGAUUAAUCGAGAAGCUGAUCGCUCCAUCGUCACACACCAAUCAGGUUUCACAUCAAACCCAGAGCAAAAGAACUCAUCUGUUCAACCGCAUCGUGAUUCAACUUUUCCUUUGUCCGGUCGCCACGCAGCUCCUGCACUAGUCCGAGUCUGAUGUCUGUAUGUUCUGUACGUAUAGGAACCAUAUUCAGCAUGAUCGCUUUGUGUCAUCAAACGACUUGAUUUAUUUCAAUAAAGUUAUAUUUUGCUGUUUUUGUA